AUGGCCGCAGAGGGAGAGCCCCCAGUCCAAUUCAAGCUUGUCCUCGUGGGCGAUGGUGGUACUGGGAAGACAACGUUUGUAAAACGCCACUUGACUGGUGAAUUUGAAAAGAAGUAUGUGGCAACUCUCGGCGUAGAGGUGCAUCCUCUGAUGUUCCACACCAGCAGAGGGCCCAUCAAGUUUAAUGUCUGGGACACUGCUGGCCAGGAAAAGUUUGGGGGCCUGCGAGACGGCUAUUACAUCCAAGCCCAGGGUGCCAUUAUAAUGUUCGAUGUAACAUCAAGAGUUACCUACAAAAAUGUGCCCAACUGGCAUAGAGAUCUGGUACGGGUGUGUGAAAACAUCCCCAUCGUGUUGUGUGGGAACAAAGUGGAUGUUAAAGACAGAAAAGUGAAGGCAAAGUCUAUUGUCUUCCACCGCAAGAAGAACCUUCAGUAUUAUGACAUUUCAGCCAAAAGCAACUACAACUUCGAGAAGCCCUUCCUCUGGCUCUCCAGAAGACUUACUGGGGACUCGAACUUGGAGUUUGUUGCAAUGCCGGCUCUAGCCCCACCUGAGGUGGUCAUGGACCCGGCAUUGGCAAAGAAAUAUGAGCGUGACUUGGAGGUGGCACAGACCACUGUUCUCCCUGAUGAGGAUGACGACCUAUGA